AGACGGAAACACGUGUGGACGGUUGACAGGAGAAGUCUGGUAGUUUUCUCCAGCAUAUCUCACGAUUUACACAAGUGAAUGUGAAAAAAUGAAUACCCCUGAAAAAAUAGAAGAAAUACUCCUCCAAGGAAUCCGUCCCAUGUGUGCUAUUUCAGGCAGCAGAGAGAUCACCGAAAACCUAACACUGCUUCUGAAUGGAAAGUAUGAGUCUGUACUUGAUCACCAGGUGGCCAGGGUAAUCCUGAAGGGAGAUAAUCCAAAUAAGGAGAUGACUCCAGAAGAACUUAAAGGUUUCUUCACAGAUAAUGUACAGAAAUUCCUUGCGUCAGAAGGUGGAGACCCAAAGUUAAAGUGUCUGUGUGUAUUGGGUGUGGCUGUUUCAUGUUUGCAGCUGUUUGUUCAAAACAACUGGACAGGGCCUAAAACUACCGUCUGCCCAUCAUCCUUCUUACUGGAAUGUUUCCACAUAGAGGAGAAGAAAGUUGACCUCAAGCAGUGUGUUAUGGCUUCCCUCAGCAGUGACGGAGAAGGUUUAUAUGAGUUGGUUGUCUCCCCUGAAUAUCUAUUUGUUGCAAAGACUUUGCUGUGUGAAUGUAAACAACUUCAGCAGUUACAGACAGCAGACUGGUGGCUAAUGAGAUGUAUACGUUUACAACAGGAGUUCCUGGACGACAAGUCACCAUCAUUGAAAUCCGUUGUCAUGGAAUGCGUAGAUAAGUUAUCAAAGAAAGAGCUCUUGUUGACUGAUUCACCAAAUAACAGACACCUGAUUGUCCAGUUUCACCUUGAGUGUGGUCAUCUAUGUCACAUGUACUAUGAGUACAGACAAGCCAAGAUACACUUUGAGACAGCAGAGACGGUGUCUGGAGUUAAAGUGGAAUUUACAGGUGCAUUGGGCAAAAGGACAAAGUUCCAAGUGGAGCACAAAGCACAACUAGCUGUUGUGGUGAGCAGACAAACAGGGGAGACAACUGAGACGAAUACCAUCAAAACAGUGACCAACUGUGAUGAAUCUUUGCAGUUACCAAAGGACCUGGCUUUGAAUGAUGAGACCGUGUUGGAGCAGAUCAACUUUACUAACCCCUCAGAAGUGUCCACUGUAACUUUCUCUGACCUGGAGGCAGUACUAAUGAUAGGAUUACUAGAAGACCAUCGAAGGACGGCAGCAUCACAUGACACCUUAAACGAGGAAUUGGAGGCCUGGAUCAGCGCAGUAACCUCCCAGCCCCGCGUGUGGUCUGUGCAACUGGCGGUGCUUUACUUGCGCUCCAAACUUCAGAAGUCCAGUAGUCGGCGCGUGGACCGCUCCAUGAGGCAAAUAGAGGAGCUUGUAAGGCUGGCUGACAAGCUUCACCCAGAAGCCUCGCAGCGUUUGCCAUAUUUCCACACCGUAAAGACACCAUCCCUGACCACAAUGCAGACUGAACUAGCGGACAUAUUGAUGAGUUUGGGAGCGUUUGGGUCUGCCUGUGAGGUGUUUGAAAGGUUACACAAGUGGGAAGAUGUCAUAUCCUGCUACCACAAAAUUGGAAAGACUGAAAAAGCAGAAACUCUAAUCAGAGAACAGCUUUCCAUCAAAGAAACACCUAAUUUAUACUGUUUCCUUGGUGAUGUGACGAGGGAUAUAGAAUAUUAUGAGAAGGCGUGGGAACUGUCCAAUCAUCGGAGUGCCAGAGCUCAGAGGGGUAUAGCAUAUUUGUACAUGGGCAAGCAAAUGUUUGAGAAGAGUUUGGAAUGCUUUGAGAAAUCUCUUAAAAUCAACUCCCUACAGAUCCCUGUAUGGUUUACCUAUGGCUGCGCUGCAUUAGGGGCCAAGCGCUAUGAGACAGCAGCCCAGGCCUUCCACCGUUGUGUCACACUGGAUUAUGAUAAUUUUGAAGCUUGGGCAAAUCUUUCUACAGCGUACGUGAGAUUAAAUCAGAAACCAAGAGCUUUUUCCAUACUCCAGGAUGCUAUCAAAUGUUGCUACACCAGUUGGAGACUUUGGGAGAAUGCUUUGGUGAUAGGCACAGACUGCAGAGAGUUCACAGAGGUCAUCCAGGCUUAUCACCGGUUAUUAGAUCUCAAGGACAAAUACAUGGAUGUGGAGGUGUUGAAGAUACUCUGCAUGGCCAUAGCUGGAAACAUUCCUGAUGCAAAAGGUCAGCCUUGUGGUCAACUAAGACCAAAAGCCUUGGAGCUCUUUGGGAGAAUUGCAUCAAAGGGUAUAACCAGUGCAGACGCAUGGGAAGCGUAUGCUUUACUCUGUGACACUGAUGAGGAAGGAUUCCAGGACAAGUGUCUUCAGUAUUUGAAGAAGGCUCAUCAGUAUGCAGUUCAAGAGAAUAACUGGGAAAAAGAUGCGAAGAAAUGUAUGAAAGUUGGGAAGCUAUCUUUGAAACUAGCAGAAGCCUAUUCCAAGUGUAUCCAGUCAUCUUCCCCGGCUCAAGCGUUACCUCUGGCUUCUUCCUGUAAACUUUUGCUGAAAAGUUGUGCCACAAAGAUAAAGCAGGAGCAGCAGCAAACUGACCUAGGAGAAGAUCUCAGCAAUGUUUGUCAAUCUUUAGAAGAACAAGUGGAGAAAUAUUCACAGAUUCAAGCAGAGCUAAAAUCCUCAUGAGGUCAACUUGAGACGAAGAUAUUUGUUUUGUUUGGUUUUAGCGAUUUAAGGUGAUUUUCAUUUCUGAAUACACAAAAACAUUUAUUUUUUAUGAACAGAAAACUCAGUCCGUGUGGAACACUUUAUAAAAUUAC